AUGUCAGACGCCGCAGCUAUCAAGGCCGAAGCCAACAAGGCCUUCGCGGCUAAAGACUACACUACCGCCGUCAAGCUCUACUCGGACGGUAUCGCCAUUGACGGGUCGAACCAUGUCUUGUACUCGAACCGGUCAGCCGCCAAGUCGGGAAUGAAGGAUUAUCAGGGUGCCUUGGAGGAUGCCGAGGAGUGCAUAAAGAUCCUCCCCUCCUUCGCAAAAGGUUUCGCCCGGAAAGGAGCCGCCUUGCACGGACUCCGCAGGUACCCCGACGCCGUGAUGGCGUACGAGUCCGGUCUCCAGGCCGACGCUGCCGACCCCGCAUGCAAGAAGGGUCUCGCCGAGGUUCAGCGGGCGAUGGACGACUCGCCCGAGAAUCCCUUUGGCGGUGCCGGGAAAGGGGGCGGCAUGGACAUGGGCCUGGGCAAGAUCUUCAACGAUCCCGGAUUGAUUGGCAAGUUGCAGGCCAACCCAAAGACGAGGGACGCGAUGCGGGAUCCGGCAUUCAUGGCCAAGAUCCAGGGGCUGCAGAGGGGUGGAGGGGCGAUGGGGGCGGAUAUGUUGAGUGAUCCGAGAAUGUUGACGGUGUUGGGUGUGGCGAUGGGUGUGGAUAUCGACGCGAUGGAACGACCAGAAGGAUCCGACGAGAUGCCACCAGGCGUCAAGGCCCAGCCUUCCUCCUCUACCUCCCAGCCCUCCUCCGCGCCCUCCUCCUCCACCCCCAAGCCCAAAGCGGAGCCGGCGGAGGAAGCGCCUCCCGCAGAGGACGUCGUGAUGGAAGAUGAUGAGGACGCCAAGCUCAAGAAGGAGGCAGACGAGCUCAAGGCAAAGGGGACGGUCGCGUACAAGGCGAGGAAGUUUGAAGAGGCCGAGGAGUUGUACUCGAAGGCGUGGGAGACGUGGGGGAAGGAUAUCACCUAUUUGACUAAUCUGAGCGCGGUCUACUUUGAAAAGGGAGACUAUGCAAAGUGUAUCGAGACGUGUGAGAAGGCCGCGGAGGAGGGGAGGGAAUUGCGAGUCGACUACAAGACCUACGCCAAGGUCUACGGACGUAUGGGCUCCGCCUACCAACGUCAAAACGACCUCCCCAACGCGAUCAAAUUCUACUCGAAAUCACUCACCGAACACCGUACUCCCGACAUCCUGACCAAGUUGCGGGAAGCGGAAAAGACCAAGGCCGAGGCCGACAAGCAGGCGUAUAUCGAUCCCGAGAAGGCCGAGGCGGCGCGCGGGGAGGGGAAUGAGGCGUUCAAGGCGGGGGACUUUGCGGGGGCUGUCAAGCACUAUUCGGAGGCUAUCAAGCGGCAGCCAACCGAUCCCCGAGCGUACAAUAACCGCGCCACGUGCUACACCAAGCUCCUCGCUUUCCCGGAGGCGCUCAAGGACGCCGAGGCGGCCAUCAAGAUUGACCCGAGCUUUGUCAAGGCAUAUAUCCGGAAAUCACUCGUACAGACGGGUAUGAAGGAGCAUGCCAAGGCGUUGGAGACGUUGCAGCUGGCGACAGAAAAGGACGUGGAGAAGAAGCACACCCGCGAGCUCGAAAUCAACAUGUCCAAAGUCAUGCAAGAGAUGAACUCUGAACGCGCGGGCGAGACGGACGAGCAGACGUAUCAGCGCGCACUGCGCGAUCCGGAGAUUCAGGAGAUUAUGGGCGAUCCGCUCAUGCGUCAAAUCCUGGCGGAUGCGCAGCAGGACCCAAGGGCUUUGCAGGAUCACAUGAAGAACCCUAUGAUCGCCCAGAAGGUCCAGAAGUUGAUCAACGCCGGUAUCAUCCGGACAAGAUAA